AGGAGAAGGACCGCGAGCUUUUGGAUCGAGUCCGUUAAAAUGUUCUCUCCUCUCUCGAUAAUAAAAACAAACAAAUGAAAUGAUCAUCGACAGCUUUCCUCUAGAUUAGAUUCCGAUUCAUCUUCUCAGAAAUUAGUCUCCGGCUGAUCGUUAUAGAUCCUCUUCCAAGCGACGCCGCUUCUUACUCGCCGGCGGCUUGAAUCAUGGCUGAUAGGAGAAACAGGUGUAACCAGGUCCUCCUUUUAGCAUAUCAGAGUUUUGGUUUAGUGUUUGGAGAUUUGAGUAUUUCUCCUCUCUACGUGUAUAAAUGUACUUUCUACGGAGGAUUGAGACAUCACCAAACAGAAGAUACCAUAUUUGGCGCGUUUUCUUUGAUAUUUUGGACCAUAACUCUCCUUUCACUCAUCAAGUACAUGGUUUUUGUAUUAAGUGCAGAUGACAAUGGUGAAGGAGGGAUCUUUGCUUUGUAUGCUUUGCUCUGCAGACACGCAAGAUUUUCUUUGCUUCCUAAUCAGCAAUCGGCUGAUGAGGAAAUCUCCACAUACUAUGGCCCUGGAGAUGCAAGUAGAAAUUUGCCUAGUUCUGCUUUCAAAAGCCUUAUAGAACGAAAUAAAAGAUCAAAAACAGCUUUGCUUGUUUUAGUCUUGGUAGGAACUUCCAUGGUUAUAACCAUCGGUGUCCUUACACCAGCAAUUUCAGUCUCUUCAUCUAUUGAUGGGCUUGUGGCCAAGACAAGUCUGAAGCAUAGUACUGUGGUCAUGAUAGCAUGCGCUUUACUGGUUGGACUUUUUGUUCUGCAGCACCGUGGCACAAAUAAAGUUGCCUUUCUAUUUGCACCGAUAAUGAUUUUGUGGUUGUUGAUAAUUGCAACUGUUGGUGUGUACAAUAUUGUGACUUGGAACCCCAGUGUAUACAAAGCCUUAUCUCCCUACUACAUCUAUGUAUUCUUUAGAGACACGGGAAUAGAUGGAUGGCUGUCCCUUGGAGGCAUUCUUUUAUGCAUCACAGGAACGGAGGCUAUCUUUGCUGAACUAGGCCAAUUUACAGCUACAUCCAUAAGGUUUGCGUUUUGUUGUGUUGUUUACCCGUGUCUGGUGCUUCAAUACAUGGGCCAAGCUGCGUUUUUGUCAAAGAAUUUUUCUGCUCUACCUUCAAGCUUUUAUUCUUCCAUUCCAGGUAAUAAUUUGGUGAAUCUCCUUUUCACGUCUCUUUCCUGUACCUUACUGCCUCUAUGA